AUGGCUUCCUUCCUCCCUCCUUCUACCUUGACUAGCCGCAACGUAUUGGCUCCAGUGAUCGUUUUCCUGAUUCUCACAAUCUCUGGUAUAGGAUUGCUUCAGCGUAUGACGGAUGAUGUCUGGGACUGGAGCUGGGCAAAGGAACUGGAUUUUAUAGCACGGCCAUCCUCUGGCCGGAUCCUGGUAACAACCAGAAAGGAAGGCAUUUUGUGCAGCCUGGAUGCAAAGGCAUUUCCUGUGCAUGAGCUAUCAAUGGACGAAAGUAAAAAGAUGUUUUGGAAGUUUGCCUUCGGUGUGCAUGAUCCACAACCCAGUGACCCUGAUGUUGUGAGAUUUGCCGAGGAAAUAGCUCAAAAAUGUGAGGGACUUCCUCUAGCUCUGGAAGUGAUUGGCAGUGCCAUGGCUGUCCACAGAAGUGAAGGGCCACAUGUGUGGGAAGAACGAUAUAAGAGGUUGCACUUGUCCAAUGACCCAGACGUUGAGAAGCAGAUGUUCAAGCGCUUGAAGUUCAGCUAUGACGAGCUGGGAAACUAUGAGGGUGAAAAGCUGCAAGAGUGCUUUCUCUAUGUGGCCGCAUUCCCAGAAGACAAGAAGAUUGAGUUUUCUGAGUUGAGGAAAUGUUGGAUGGAGGUUGGGUCAGAACUCUCACCCACACCGAUUGUCAAUGAACUGGAACGGAGAUGGAAGUACGGUCCACAGCAAGAGCACGAGAAGGGAUGCCUGUUUGGAUAUGACUGGACAAUUGGCAUUCAGGAUGCAACAUUUGCUAAAGUCUCAUUCAUCUCAAAGAAUGUUAGCAGCUAUUUAUCCGAUAAUCAUGUGCGAGAUGUCUUACUUUUGGAUAAAUGUGAAGGAGUUUCUAAUGUGGAUGACAGUCUUAUCAAACGCAUAGAAGGUGUCAAGUUUAACAUUGCAUUACUCCCCCAGCUCUCCAACUUGGAAGAGCUGGAGCUCGACGUUGAUCCAAACGAGGACUCAUCAGUUGUGGAUUGGACUAGAAUUUCGCGUAAACUAAGACAUUUAAAUCUAGAAAUGAGACAGGGUCCAAUGAAGGUGCCAGAAAGCAUGGGGACACUGGAGCACAUUGAAACAUUGUAUUUAUGUGCAAAGAGCAUCGACUUUGCCAGUGUCGUUGGACGAUGGCAACUUAUCAACCUAACACCAUGUGAAAUUUGUGUGGAGUACAUCAGUAGAGCUCCCUUGAAGCGAAUGUUUAAGAACUCAAUCAGGCUUCAACAGUUUUACAUCGAUGGGGUAGAAGACAGUGAAAAUAGUGAUGACAGCUUUAAAUGGUUGCCCCACCACCUAGAAACACUUGACAUUGACUGCGGUGCUCCCCAAUCGCCUCGAGAGUCUGAAAAUAACGGGUUGCAUAAAGAGACUGUUGUUGCCAACAGAGAGGUCAUCACUCAAAGGCUCAGAUUCUGGUGCACGAAGAUGCAAAAUGAUUUCUUUGAGCCAUCAGAUCAAAUGACUGAUAUAGAAGAUGUGCGCUUUGAUGAGACUAUCGUUCCAUUGUCCAUUGCAUCGCUGCCAGGUUUGAAACGUCUUACCAUUUAUGGGCGAAGCGUCAUACAGAACGAAGCACUGUGGUUCCACACUCAGAGCCAGGGCGCACUUCCCAGGCUGGAAUCGCUAAUCUGCCCGGAAGGCAUGAAAAUUCCACCUUGGCUUGAGGACCGCCCCAAUCUCAAGAUAUAG